UGUGUGUGACAAAAAUGGUGCCCGUUUACCAGCUGGCAAUACUUUAAUAAAAAGUGAAAAGCUUUUGUUAUCAACUUUAAAUAUAAGUGUAGUGAUAUGGCGUCUGUUUUAGAUCUAGUAAAACAUUACCAACACUCUAUUGAAAAAUAUGCGAAUGAUGAACAAAAAGUUUUAAAAUGUAUCGACAAAUUGUUUAAUUUGGAUGUGACAGUCCAGCACUUGCAAGAAACUGGAGUCGGCAGAACUGUGAACGCUUUACGCAAGGAGCCCGGAGAUAUUGGUCAAGCUGCUAGAGCCCUCGUUUACAAAUGGAAGUUGAUGGUAGCGGCAGAAGAGAGUGAUCAGGAAGAUCACAAUGAUAGUGCAGCAAAAUAUAAUGAUUACAACCAUGGACAUGACUCUGAUAAUAACACUGAAAAAAAGCCAGUAAAACAUGAAGAUAAAUAUCAAAGUAGGAAUAAACGCGAUAACACUUCUCAUGAGAAGUACAAUGGUAGCUAUAGCAGCAGCCACAAAAGAAAAUGUGCCAGCAGUGAGGAGGAGGAACCUGAAAAUAAAAAGUCAAAGCAUAGCAGAGAAAAUGGAUAUGUAGUAAAAAAAGAAAUACAAAUUAAGAAAGAACCUUCUGACAGUGAGGAUAACAGUAAUGAUGAUUAUUCCUCGGGUAGUGAAAGUGAAAGCAGCGAGUCACAAUCAUCAGAUGAUGACAGAAAAGAUAAUAUUAAAAUCAAAAGUGAAAGAGACAUUAAGCAAGAACCUUCAAGUAAAACCGAAUAUUCUUCGCAUGAUGAAAAUGAAAAAUACAAACAGGAAAAACGAAGUGAAGAUAAAUAUGCUAAACAUAAUAGUAGCAAAACUGCCUAUGAAAAAACAACACCAGAAAAAUCUCACAGUUCGAGUAAACACAAUAGUUCUUCUUCAAGUGAUUACAAAUCUGAAAAAAAGGAAAGACAAAACAGAAUAUUAGACAAAGAAAUCCAAUCAACAGCAAAGGAAUACAAGUCAACACAAAAAGAACAUCGCUCAUCAGAGAAACACCACAGAUCUUCAGAAAAGGAGCAAAGAUCAUCAGAAAAAGAACACAGGUCAUCAGAUAGGGAACAUAAAGAACAUCGGUCUUCAGAAAAAGUGCACAGAUCUUCAGAAAAAGAACAUCAUACAUCUGAUAAGGGAAGCAAGUCAUCUGAAAAAGAAUAUAGGUCAGCAGAAAAAGAAAAUAAAUCUUCAAAAGAAAAAUCUGGAGAAAAAGUUAAAGAAUCAUCAAACAAGCAUAAUAGUAGUUCUGAUAAGCAUAAAUCGAGUAGUUCUGAAAAACACAAAUCAAUGAGCUCUGAUAAACAUAAAUCAUCGUCUAGUUCCAAUAAACACAAGUCCAAAGACUCAAAUGGACAUAAAGGCUCGGAAAAAACUUCGAGCAAAUCAGAAAAACAUGAUUCUUCGAAAGACGAGAAAAGUAAAAGCUCAUCAGUUAAAGAAACCUCCAGCCAUAAGCAUAAAUCAAGUAGUAAAGAUAAACAUACUACACCAAGUUCUGAUAAAUCUAAAGACUUGGCGAAUUCGUCUAAAGAAAAAGAACACAGAAGUGACAAAAAACACUCAACGCAAGAUGCGAAAAGUCAUUCUAAAAAUAAGAGUGAAAAGUGUGAAGAAAAAGAUAGUAAAAUUAAUAAGCAUAGUUCUAGUAAAAGUAGUAACAAAAGUAAGGAAGACAUACCAAAGAAAAAACCAGAAGUGAAUGGUGGGGACAGUGAUGAUGGCAUCGACUGUGGUUCAGGAGCGAGUUUUGCAGAGGCUCUGGGCAUGGGCAUGCCAUCAAAAUCCAAGAAAAAAACUAGCGGCGUGAAGGAAAGUUCUCCAACUAAGGGAAUUUCCAAUGAUUUGAGCCCGGCAGCACUAUUAUCACCUAGUGCAAAGCUAGCGCCGUUGCCGGCAAUAGAGAUAUCUGCCUUACCAGAGAUAUCACCCAACUACAGACCACGACCACCACCAAAGUUCCUACCACAUUUCUCUGAUGAAGAUGCCAUGAAUGUUGUUAUAUCUACCAAAAACCAAAGAACUAAAGUAUACUCUGGAAAUAAAACAUAUGGAAAAAUACCAACACUGUAUGAAAUGUGUGUGCAAAUUCUACAGGAGCAUAUUGAUGCUCUUGAGUAUACCGGUGGAGUACCGUAUGAAAUUCUCAAACCGGUAAUAGAUAAAGCGACACCACAACAACUGUUUAUGUUAGAGCAUUAUAAUCCUUAUCUAAUGGAGGACACAGACCACUUGUGGAAGAAAUUUUGUGAGAAAAGUUUCCGUAAUAAGAAACGAGAGGAAAUGGAAACAUGGAGAGAAAUGUAUAUUAGAUGUCAAGAGGAACAAGAAAUAAGGCUCAAAUCUUUAACUGCGAAUAUUAAGAUGACUCAGGAAGCAAAGAAAGCUCCAAUCAAGCAAACCAAAAUGGCGUACGUCGACACUGUUGUAAAGCCUCCGCGUAAUAUUGCAAAGAAACAGGCUCAACAUGGCACUGCUUUCGCGGCGACGGCUAGUCCUGCCGCCAGAGUGGCGUCGCUGGCCACCGCUCCCAAUGUCCUCAGAACUGGCCGCCCCACCCCAGUUCCGACAUUAACUUCGUCAUCAUUCAAACCCAAGAAAGCGCCGCUCAUGCAAAAAGCCCUGCAGUUUAUGAGAGGCCGUAAGCGAUGAUAAAAUUAAAAAUAUUUUUAAUGUUGACUAUCUUUAAACGAAGAGGCAUACAUGUGGACAGUAAAACAACCAUCAUAAUAAAAAUAUUUAUUCAUUACAAAAAUACAUUCUUACAAUUAUUUUUAAUGUGAUGAAUUAA